AUGUCCACAGCUGGUAGUAGAGACCCUCUUGUUCUUGGAGGUGUAAUUGGUGAUGUAUUGGAUGUCUUUCAAACUUGUAUUCCUUUAAGAGUUUCUUACAAUAAUAAAGAUGUUUCCAAUGGUUGUGAAUUCAAACCUUCUCAAGUUAUCACUCAACCAAGGGUUAGUGUUGGUGGUGAUGAUCUUAGAAACUUCUAUACUCUGAUCAUGGUGGAUCCAGAUGCACCUAGCCCUAGUAAUCCAAAUUUGAGGGAGUAUCUUCAUUGGUUGGUGACUGAUAUUCCUGCAACUACUGGGCCUACUUUUGGGCACGAAGUAGUACCUUAUGAGAGUCCGCGACCGUUGAUGGGGAUUCAUCGGAUCAUCUUUGCAAUUUUUCGUCAACUUGGUCGAGAGACGGUGUAUGCUCCGGGAUGGCGACAGAAUUUCAACACAAAGGAAUUUGCAGAACUUUACAAUUUGGGAUUGCCAGCUGCUGCUGUUUAUUUUAACAUUCAAAGAGAAGCUGGCUCUGGUGGAAGAAGGUUAUGCUGA